AUGAACAAAUACUACUUAGAUAGUGAAGAGAAGCAAUUCUAAUAAUCAAAUAGAGAGGUCUUAAAACAAAUAGAUGUUAAUAACAGAUCUGAAGCAUCUUUAAAAACAUCAGUGGUUUCAUUUGCUUGUGAUCGAGAUAAUAAAUAUGAUCUUGAAGAUUAUAGAAUUUAACUUGAAGAUUAAUUAGCUGAAAAUAUUGAAUUAAAAAGAAUGUUAAUGGAUGAGAUAGAGAAGAAUAAAAGAAUAACUGAUAUUGAUAAAUCAUCUUAAUAUUUAGAGUAGUAAGACAAGUUUGCAUAAAUUCUCAAUAAAAAGGAUAAUGAAAUAAUGAAUUUAAACAAAUUGUUAAGACAAUUGGAAAUUGAAGUAUAUGAUUAUUAUAUAAUUAAAAGAACAAAUUAUUACACAAGGAUGAUUAAUUAGAAUCUUCAAAAAGAAUGGAGAAAGAAAAGUAAUAAGAAAAAAGAAUUAUUGAAUAUGAAUAAAAAAUAAAUUUAGUAUUAGGAGAGAAUUCAAAAUUAAAUUAAGUAUUUAUAUGACCAUCAAUAGAUUUUAUAAGAAAGAAUUACUCAAAUAGAAAAGAUGAAAUAUACAGUAGAUUAAUUGGAAAGAGAAAAAGUAUAGAUAGUUGAAAAGUAUGAAAUAUUAAUUGCAGAAGCAAAUAAUCUAUCUUCAAGAGAGAAAUGUACUAUAGAGAAAUGUCUUAAUUAAUAGAAGUAAGUUUAUUUAAUUAGAAUUUUAGAAACGAAUUCUAGAAAUAAUUGAAUAUUGUAAAUACAUAGAAUAAUUAAAUGUCUAAUAUACUUAAUUAAUAGAAGAAUUAGAUUGAAUAAUUAGAAUUAUAAUUAGAGGAGAAUUAAGUUUAAUUAGAUACAACUAAAUAAGGUUAUGAUGAAUCCUUAAAAGAAAAAGAGAAUUUGAUUUAUUAAAAAGAAAAGGAAAAUUAAGAUUUAAUGGUUAAAUUUAAUGAAUUAGAAAAGAAAUUGAUUUAAUAAAAUUAAUAAGUCACAUAAUUAGAGCAAUAAUUACAAACAAAUAAUGACUAAGUAGUUAUUGAAGAAAUGUAGAAGUAUUUUGAAGAAUAAUAUGAUAUUAAAGAGAAAGAACUUGAAAAAAAACAUUAAAAAGAAAUCUAAAAUUUGAUGACGUAAUUGAAUGAGAAUUAAAAUUUUAUUGAAGAAUUAUAAAAUCAUCUAACUGAAAUACAUAAAUAAAUCACUAAAUUUAAAUAGGAGAAAUAAAUGUUGAGAUAAUAAAAUUAAGAAUUGCAAUAAUAAGUAAAGUAAUUAUCAUCAGAAAUUAAAUAAUAAGAAAAUUUAAGGUAUUCUUAAGAAUAUAUGUUACCUUAAUUUAAUAUUUCUUGUCAAAGUGCUAUUACUGAUUAAUCUUUAUGUGAUGAUAAGGAAAAACUAAAUAAAUAAAGUAGAAAAUUAAAUAAAAGUAAAGACACUAUAUAAUAAAAUAAAGAAAAUCAUGAAAAAAGAGAUAUCAAAUCUAUUUAAUAUAUAAAUUAAUUAAAGCAAUAAUCUCAAUAAAAUACAUCUUACAAAGCAUAAUUCUAAUAAAAAGUAAAUAAAACUAAUUCUCAAAAUAAGGAUUCUUAUGCUCUCGAUACUUUUGGAAAUAGAGAUAGAUCAAUAUCAUGCUUAGAUAUGAUAAAUAAGGGAAUCAAAUUUAGAGAAUCUUUCGAUGAAGAGGAUCAAUCACCUAUAGCAUAGUUUAAAUAAUGGAAACAAUAGAUGACUGUUCGUUAAUGA